AUGAGAGGUGCUAGCCCUUUUGCGCCUCAAAAUACGCUGAGAUCAUCGGAGACCCCCACAUUUAAGGCAAAACGGCCUGGCUCCAACAAUCAGCAUCGACGACACCAACAUCAACAACAACAACAACACGCGCGAGUAACGAUAGCAACAAAAUCUUCCCCGGAACUCCCACCCUUCGACAAAGAAUCAGAUUCUCCUGAAUACACGCAUACAAACUAUCCUCCAUCACUCUCCGAACUUGGAGACUCCAGUUCAUUGUUCUCCGACAAUUCACCCGCACAUUUCGAUUUCGGUACAGCCGGUCCCAGAGCAGCGCAAAGCAACUGUCCUAUCCCCUUCGUCUUUGGGACACCAAUAGGAGAGCCGAACCAUUCAAAACAGAAGCAUUCAAAGCUUCGCACAACGAUGGUUAAUGAAAGAUCGCCUGGAAAGGCCCCUCUACGCCCAGUUAUGCCUAACGACCAGUCGCACAAACAGACAGAUAGUUCUAGCAGCUCAAAGGUCCCUCUAUCGAAUGUUCCACAGUUUGGUCAACCCACGCUUCCACAAUCACCACUUCAUCGGGUUUCACAGAAGGAAUCAAGCAUGUUCAUCAAACCAAAAUCAAGACCUGAGCAUCAUCGAGAUGUGGACAGAACCUCGCAUCCAGACUACCAAACUAUAACGGGUGCUGCUCGGAAGGUGGUUGAUCCAUUACUUCCCAGAGCUCCAGCUGCCUUUCAGCCACAGAAUAGAUACGCGCCUCCGUCUGGAAGUGCGGCCCCAGUUCCGGCACCGGCCCCUUUUUCAAAUACGUACACCACGGUCAAGGCUGCUCCGGUCCCGACCUUCGGCUCAAUGGGAGGUUCAUAUGGAGGCUUCCAAUCUGUCAAUGCCAACAAUUCAUACAUCGACCUUACCUUGAGCAAUUACCGAGCUAGAGAGACCGAUUAUGAUCCAUUUACAUUUGUGGACCCAGCAAAGGCACAAGAAGAUCUAAAGGCAUUACUUGAAGGAGUAAUGGAGGAUGAUGACGAUAUGCCAAGAACUAGGUCCCGUAAGAAGAAGAUUGCCGAAGUAGACGCUCUCGCAAACAGCCUUAAGGAUCUUGAUGUCGAAGACAAGCUUGACGUUGAGGAAGAUGAGGACGAUGGCACUGUAGAAGGCAUCAAUGUCAAGUUACUCCCUCAUCAAGUGGAGGGACUAGAAUGGAUGAUAGGUAGAGAACUUGGUACCGGCAAGAAAGGCAGAGUCCCAAAGGGCGGAAUCCUUGCCGACGACAUGGGUCUCGGUAAGACAUUGCAAUCACUGUCGCUCAUCCUCAACAACCAAAAGCCCACAGAUGGAGAAACUAUUUCCAAACGCAAGCUUCCUUCUGGAGUCGAGAAAUGUACAUUGGUGGUUGCACCGUUGGCCCUCAUUCGUCAAUGGGAGUUGGAGAUCAAAGACAAAGUUUCAAGCUCACACUCCCUUCGCGUUGUCGUUCACCAUGGCGCGCAACGCACAAAGCGGUUUCAAGAUCUGAAGAAGUAUGAUGUCGUUAUCACAACAUAUCAGAUUCUAGUCUCAGAGUUUGGCGGUUCCUCGGAUGAUGAAAACGGCAUUCAGGUUGGCUGCUUCGGCCUGCACUGGUACCGGGUUAUUCUCGACGAGGCUCAUACCAUCAAGAAUCGCAAUGCUAAGGCUACCCAGGCUUGUUACGCCUUACGAAGCGAGUACCGGUGGUGUUUGACGGGCACACCGAUGCAGAAUAACUUGGAUGAGUUGCAGAGCUUGAUCAAAUUCUUGCGUAUUAAACCGUACGACGACCUUAGAGAGUUCAAAGACCAGAUAGAUCGCCCCAUGAAGAAUGGUAGAGGCGACGUUGCGAUCAAACGCCUCCGUCACUAUCUGAAGAUAUUCAUGAAGCGUCGCACCAAGGAUAUUUUGACAAAAGAGGGUGCUUUAAAUCCUGGCGGAAAGCCAUCCGCUCCCGGAGAGGUCAGCAAGACUGGAUUCAAGGUCACGGAGCGGAAGAUCGAGAAAGUAUUUGCAGAAUUCUCUCCCGAGGAGCGAAGAUUUUACCAGCGCCUCGAGCAACGUACCGAUGCGAGCAUAGAGCAGAUGAUGAGUGGCGAGAAAAUCAACUACGCAAGUGCAUUGGUUCUGCUACUGCGUCUAAGACAAGCCUGCAACCAUCCACAGCUCGUCACCGGUAAACUUGCUAAGGACAACGAGGCACUCGGAGCCGAUGCUUCUUCUAACCAAAAGGCCAAAGUAUCAAAUGCCGAUGUUGACGAGAUGGCCGACAUGCUUGGAGCUAUGGGCGUGAGUACUAAGAAAUGCGAAGUAUGCCAGCUGGAGCUUGGCAAGCAAGCGGUUGCGGACGGUGCGAUUCGAUGUUUAGAUUGCGAAGCAGAUCUUGAAGAUGUCACCAAGAAGCGCAAACCGGGAAAAGACAAAAAGAAACAUAAACGAGAUCGGGCGACUAAGGAAGGGUCUGAAGCUAUUGCACGAAAGCCGCGGAACAGAGCUAUCAUACACGAUAGCGAUGACGAUGAUGAUGACAACAAUGAAGGAUCAUGGGUCGUGCCUGAAAACGAGCAAGGGUCCCUCAAACUUGGAAAGGCUGGAGGAAUCAAGGACGAGAAUGCCGAAGGUGGCGGGGAGUGGCUCGAUUCUGACGAAAACGAUGAGACAUUUCCCGAUCUCCAACAUAUAGGCACAAUGAAGAAGCCUGUCAAGAUUGACACUUCUGAGUCAGAGUCAGAAUCAGACUCAGACUCAGAGGUUGAACACGAAUUUCAAUCAUCGGAUGAAGAAGCUCAACUUGCAACGAUAGUAAGUUCGACUAAAAUCAAACACCUGCUGGAGAUCUUGGGCAAGGAAGCGGCUGAACAUAAGUUCAUUGUUUUCUCGCAAUUCACAUCGAUGCUGGAUGUCAUUGAACCAUUCCUCCAGCAGAAGGGGUUCAAUUUUACCAGGUACGAUGGAAGCAUGAAAAACGACCACCGCGAGGCUAGUUUGAAUAGAUUACGAACCGAUCCAAACUGCAGAAUAUUGCUUUGCAGUUUAAAGUGUGGAUCCUUGGGAUUGAAUCUCACGGCAGCUACUCGCGUGGUUAUUUUGGAGCCCUUUUGGAACCCCUUCGUUGAAGAGCAAGCUAUCGACCGAGUUCAUAGGCUUACACAGAAGAUUGAUGUCAUUGUCUACAAGAUUACCGUCAAGGAUUCCGUCGAAGAGCGAAUUCUCGAUCUCCAGGAGAAGAAACGGGAGCUGGCCAAGCAAGCUAUUGAAGCAGGCGGCAAGGGAGGAGUAGGCAAACUCGGUAUGAAGGAGAUCCUGCAACUCUUCAAGCGAGAUGCAGAGCAUGCUCCUCCAGGUCCUGCAUCCGCUCAGUAUGAUUUGGGUGCGAAACCUCGGAUCUUGAAGGAACUCACCACUAUUAGUGGUCCCAAUUCAAGCAGCCAAACUGUUCCCCGUGCGCGCACGGUCACUCCUCCAUCUGGAUCUAGCAGUGCUGUGAAGGAGGAUAGUGUUUAUGGUAGACGAUGGUAA